AUGGUGCCCACCAGUGUCCUCCUGCUCCUGGCCUUGGGAGCCGCCACCAGCGACCAAGCGGAGCGGGAGAAAGGGUCUCUGCUCUACCCCUAUGGUCUGGACCAGGGUGACCAGAAGAACCCCAAGCUUGAUGAUGGGACAUCACCCAAGCUCACCUUGACUGCGCCCUUCACCUUCUAUGGCAAAGAGCACCAGAGCCUCUACGUGAACAACAACGGCGUCAUCUCCUUCGACGCCAAGGUCAGCCAGUACACCCCCGACCCCUUCCCAUUGGCUGAUGGACGCCCCUUUGUCACCCCGUACUGGGCGGACGUGGACAACGUGAGGGGGGGGGACGUCUUCUACCGCGAGACCACCGACCCGCCGCUGCUGGCCCGGGUCACCCAGGACAUCAACCAGUACUUCCCCACCAUGCCCUUCACUGCCACCUGGGCUUUCGUGGCCACCUGGGACCACGUGGCCUAUUAUGGCUCCAUCUCUGAGAAGGGCAACACCUUCCAAGCCCUCCUGACCAGCGACACCAAGACAUCCUUCAUCAUCCUCAACUACUGGGACAUCCAGUGGACCACGGGGGAGGCCAGUGGUGGGGACGCUGAAACGGGGCUUGGAGGAACCCCAGCCCAUGCUGGUUUCAACAGUGGAGAUGAAACCAACUUCUACAACAUCCCCGGCUCCCAGAGCGACGCCAUCCUCAACAUCACCCAGACCUCCAAUGUCCACUUCCCAGGGCGCUGGGUCUUCCAGGUGGACAACUUCAAGGUGACGGGAGUGCCCACCCAACCCCCCGGGGUGCUGGACAUCAAUAACUGCUGGUUGUGA